UUGUAAUACAACGAAAACAGCCUCUUCAUAUGCGGGUGUGAGGAGAGUAUGCCUUGUCAGAGCCUCGUGUAGUGGGCUGCCCGUGUGCUAUAACUCUUUAUUCUUACUGUUUCAUUACUAUUCAUAAGCUUCACUAUUUUUCAUGUUUAUGAAUUUCCUGCUGCAGCUUUGAAGAACAACUCGGUGAAUUUCGAUUCUUUCCUGAGUUCAGAGGAGACAGAUGAAGGGAAAACGUAGCUUUGAUCUGAAUCAAAGGAUUCAAGAAGGCUUUGAAGAAUAAGUCGGUGAAUUGCAAUUAUUAUCUAAGUUUAGAGCGUUAGACAGCGGUUUGAUUUGAAUCAAAGGAUUCAAGAAAGGUAAUUUUGAGAGUUGCAGCCAGUAAAAAUGGCAGCAACAUUAUCCUCAGAUGACUUGCCAAGAUCUAUGAGCAGAGGGUCAAUGAGCAGGAGGCUGAGUUUUGCGUCUUCCAGCCGGAGAAGUUGGGCCUCAGCCAGUAUCCGGGAGGCGUUCGCGGGGCCAGGAGGGGACGCUUUUCAGAGGAGUCGGAGAGAAGAUGAUGAUGAGGAAGAGCUAAAGUGGGCUGCUAUUGAGAGGCUUCCAACUUACGAUAGAUUGAGGAAGGGAAUUUUGAAGCAAGUUUUGGAUACUGGUAGAAUUGUUCAUGAAGAGGUUGAUGUUUCCAAUCUUGGGAUGAGAGAUAAGAAGCAACUAAUGGAAAGUAUUCUCAAGGUUGUGGAAGAUGAUAAUGAGAGGUUUCUUCAGAGACUCAGAGAUCGUACCGAUAGGGUUGGAAUCGAUAUUCCGAAAAUUGAAGUUCGGUUUGAGCACUUGGCAAUUGAAGGAGACGUACAUGUUGGAUCGAGGGCGCUUCCAACCCUGCUGAAUGCUACCCUGAAUAUGGCAGAGGGUGUUCUCGGAGCACUGAAGCUUUUUCCAUCAAAGAAAAGGGUUGUUAAGAUACUUCAUGAUGUGAGUGGAAUCGUGAAACCAUCAAGGAUGGCACUACUUCUCGGGCCUCCAGGUGCUGGAAAGACUACGUUACUGCAGGCACUUGCUGGAGGGCUGGACAAGAAUUUAAGGGUAACCGGAAAAGUCACUUAUUGUGGCCACGAAAUGUCAGAGUUCAUUCCUCAAAGGACUUGUGCUUAUAUUAGCCAGCAUGAUCUCCACCAUGGUGAGAUGACUGUCAGAGAGACAUUAGACUUCUCAGGACGCUGCUUGGGAGUUGGAACCCGAUAUGACCUCCUGGCAGAGUUAUCGAGAAGAGAAAAAGAUGCAGGAAUUAAACCUGACCCAGAGAUAGAUGCAUUCAUGAAAGCCACAGCAAUGGCUGGCCAAGAAUCUAGUUUGGUCACGGACUAUGUUCUUAAGAUACUUGGGUUAGAUAUCUGUGCUGAUAUCAUGGUGGGAGAUGGGAUGAGAAGGGGUAUCUCUGGUGGACAGAAGAAGCGUGUCACAACAGGAGAAAUGUUGGUUGGGCCAGCAAAAGUUUUUUACAUGGACGAAAUAUCAACUGGUCUAGAUAGUUCCACCACUUACCAAAUUGUGAAGUUUAUGAGGCAGAUGGUUCAUAUUAUGGAUGUAACCAUGAUAAUCUCUCUUCUGCAACCUGCGCCUGAAACGUUCGAUCUUUUUGACGACAUUAUUCUGCUUUCAGAGGGUCAAAUUGUCUACCAAGGUCCACGAGAGAAUGUCCUUGAGUUCUUUGAGAGUGUGGGAUUCAAAUGCCCAGAAAGGAAAGGAGUUGCUGAUUUUCUGCAAGAGGUCACUUCGAGGAAGGACCAAGAGCAAUACUGGUUCAAAAAGAACGAACCUUAUCAAUUUAUUUCAGUGCCUGAGCUUGCAGAUCGCUUCAGUUCUUUCCACAUUGGGCAGAAGCUUUAUGAUGAACUUGGGAUUCCUUAUGAUCAAACUAAAGCCCAUCCUGCUGCAUUGGUGACUCGGAAGUAUGGUAUUUCCAAUAUGGAGCUCUUGAAGGCAUCCUUGGACAGGGAAUGGCUACUGAUGAAACGCAACUCCUUUCUGUACAUAUUCAAGACCACUCAGAUUACUAUCAUGUCAAUAAUUGCUUUCACAGUUUUUUUUCGAACUGAGAUGAAACAUGGUCAAUUGGAAGAUGGAGGCAAAUAUUAUGGUGCACUGUUUUUCAGUCUCAUUAAUGUGAUGUUUAAUGGGACGGCUGAGCUUGCCCUAACCAUGGUCAGGCUUCCUGUGUUCUUUAAGCAGAGGGAUGCCCUGUUUUACCCUGCAUGGGCCUUUGCCGUUCCCAUUUGGAUCAUGAGGAUCCCCCUCUCAUUCGUGGAAUCAGCAAUAUGGAUCAUCCUGACUUAUUACACAAUUGGGUUUGCUCCUGCUGCUAGUAGGUUUUUUCGCCAAUUUUUGGCCUUUUUUGGUCUACAUCAGAUGGCUUUGUCUCUCUUCCGAUUCAUUACGUCAAUUGGAAGAACACAGGUGAACGCAAACACUCUUGGCACCUUUACGCUGCUCAUGGUUUUUGUCCUUGGUGGAUUCAUUGUUGCCAAAGAUGACAUUGCACCAUGGAUGAUAUGGGGCUAUUAUGUUUCUCCUAUGAUGUAUGGACAGAAUGCCAUAGCCAUCAAUGAAUUUCUUGACAAAAGAUGGAGUGCUCCUAAUACAGACCCAAGAUUUCCAGAGCCUACUGUUGGAAAGGUUCUUCUCAAGUCCAGGGGAAUGUUUUUGGAAGACUAUGUGUAUUGGAUUUGUGUCAUUGCACUCUUUGGGUUUUCGCUUCUCUUCAAUAUUUGCUUCAUUUUAGCACUGACGUACUUGAAUCCUUUGGGAGAUUCUAAAUCGGUUAUUGUAGAUGAGGAUGCUGAGAAAAAAAAGCCAGGCAUUAAUUUAAUGGCAGACACAGAUAGGACUUCAGCAUCUACAGCUCCGUCAGCUGAAGGGGUAGAUAUGGCUGUAAGGAACACUCCAGGGCGUACCCACUUAGGUGGUGCAGAUAAUGCAGGGAGCAAAAGAGGAAUGGUGCUGCCUUUCCAACCCUUGUCACUUGCAUUUAAUCAUGUGAAUUACUACGUUGACAUGCCUGCUGAAAUGAAGAACCAAGGAAUAGAGGAAACUCGUCUCCAACUGUUACGAGAUGUCAGUGGUGCUUUUAGGCCUGGUGUUCUGACAGCAUUGGUUGGUGUAAGUGGUGCCGGAAAGACCACUUUAAUGGAUGUGCUAGCAGGAAGAAAAACUGGUGGAAACAUUGAAGGAAGUGUCAGCAUUUCUGGUUACCCAAAGAACCAAGCAACUUUUGCUCGUGUCAGUGGUUACUGUGAACAAAAUGAUAUCCAUUCUCCGCAUGUUACAGUUUAUGAAUCUCUUGUGUACUCUGCCUGGUUGCGUCUUGCUCCAGAUGUAAAUACAAAAACUCGAAAGAUGUUUGUCGAGGAGGUAAUGGACUUGGUCGAGUUGAACCCACUAAGGGACUCUUUGGUGGGCCUUCCAGGAGUCGAUGGUCUCUCAACUGAACAGAGAAAGAGGCUCACCAUAGCAGUGGAGUUGGUUGCUAAUCCCUCCAUCAUCUUCAUGGAUGAGCCCACAUCAGGCCUUGAUGCUAGAGCUGCUGCUAUUGUGAUGCGAACUGUGAGAAACACAGUAGAUACUGGGAGAACUGUUGUCUGCACAAUUCACCAGCCAAGCAUCGAUAUCUUUGAAGCUUUUGAUGAGCUUUUAUUGAUGAAAAGAGGAGGACAAGUCAUUUAUGCUGGACCUCUUGGUCACCACUCUCACUUGCUAGUAAAAUAUUUUGAAUCCAUUCCUGGAGUUACUAAGAUCCGAGAUGGUUAUAAUCCUGCUACAUGGAUGCUGGAAAUCAGUUCUGCCACAGUAGAGGCUCAACUUGAUGUGGACUUCGCAGAAAUUUAUGCCAACUCUGAUCUGUAUCGGAGGAAUCAAGAACUUAUUAAGGACCUCAGCACUCCGGCACCAGGGUCUCAGGACCUACGUUUUCCUACCCAAUACUCCCAAACCUUCUUUGCUCAAUGCAAAGCUUGCUUCUGGAAACAGCAUUUGUCCUAUUGGAGGAACCCACAGUACAAUGCCAUCCGGUUUUUCAUGACAACAAUUAUUGGCGUUAUAUUCGGAAUUAUAUUCUGGAAAAAAGGACGUAAAAUGGAGAAACAACAAGACCUGCUGAAUCUAUUGGGAGCUAUGUAUUCUGCUGUUAUGUUUCUUGGAGGAACAAACACUUCUUCCGUGCAGUCUGUUGUGGCAGUUGAAAGGACAGUCUUCUAUCGUGAAAGAGCAGCGGGGAUGUAUUCAGCAUUGCCUUAUGCAUUUGCUCAGGUGGCCAUAGAGACCAUUUAUAUUGCAAUCCAAACUUUUAUUUACAGUCUACUCCUUUACUCGAUGAUUGGAUUCCACUGGCAACCUGACAAGUUCUUUUGGUUCUACUACUACGUAUUUAUGUGCUUUGUCUACUUCACAUUGUAUGGGAUGAUGCUUGUAGCACUCACUCCAAGCUACCAGAUUGCUGCCAUUGUUAUGUCAUUCUUCCUCAGCUUCUGGAAUUUAUUCUCUGGUUUCCUUGUCCCCAGGACACAAAUCCCAGUUUGGUGGAGGUGGUAUUACUGGGGUUCUCCAGUGGCGUGGACAAUAUAUGGCCUUGUCACAUCUCAGGUGGGUGACGAGACUGAUUCAAUUCAGGUACCUGGGUUAGGCGACCUACCAGUUAAGGACUACCUUAAAGACUUCUUAGGUUAUAACUACGACUUUCUCCCAGCUGUUGCCUUGGCGCAUCUUGGUUGGGCCGUUCUCUUCUGUGUCAUCUUUGCCUAUGGCAUCAAGUUUCUUAACUUCCAAAGAAGAUAAGAACAUUAGGACUGACAGAAAUUGCCUCAUACAUAGAAUUUCAUUAUAUAAACCGAGAAAGAAAAGGGAAUCAGGAGCUUGUAAUUUUUUCUUUGAACUUUCUCUUUGUAAAUAUUCAGAGCUUGUGCAUGUCACUAUUUGUGUAUUCUAUAUUAAUGAAAGCUGCAUUGUUUGAAUUAAUAGGUAUCCGUAUUACCUCUAUUUUUGCAUGUAUUUGCCAC